CCGGCAUUAUCGACGCAAAGCGGAUUUUCAACAUCAUCAACAAUACCAAAUUCUAUUUCAUCGUAUUCAUCACUAAUGAUGGAUCUAGUGCCGAAUGCGGCUGAAACAUCAGCUGCGGCUGCUGCAUUAGCGGCUGCAGCGGCCGCUGCAAUAGAUAUGAAACCUGGUUCUUAUUAUAUGCCAUCACAUCAUCAACAAACUAGCCAAUUACAUUCAUCACAACAACAACAACAACCUCAACAAAAUCCACAAUCAUCACAAACGGGUAAUACCGGUAGUGGUGGUGGUCCAGGUGGUGGUGGUAAUAAUAAUGGUUCAUCAUUAAUAUCACAUCAAUUACAUCAACAUCAUCAACAACAACAACAACAGCAUCAACAACAAACGCAAUCACAAGCAUCUUCAGCGUUAAUCGCAUCAUCACAUCAUUUAAGUCAUCAUCUUCAUCAACAACAACAACAACAACAGCAACAACAACAACAACAACAUCAUCAUUCAACACAUCUACAACAUCAUCAACAUCAACAUCCGCAUCCACAUUCACAUCAUCAACAUCAUCAUAUGCUUAAUCAAUUAAGUUCGGCUGCAGCAUUAGGUAAUGCAGCAGCAGCGGCAGCAGCCGCUGCAGCAGCAGCACAAGGUCAUCAUCAUUCUUCUCAUCAUCAUCAUCAUCCAAAUCAUUCAUCACAAUUACAUAAUCCACAUUCACAUCUUCCACAUUCAGUAUCAUCAUCAUCAUCAUUACAACAAACAACGACAACAAAUUCAUCAAAUAGUCAUACGGCUGCGGCUGCUGCCGCAGCAGCAGCAGCAGCGGCAGCUGCUGCUGCAAAUCAUCAUUAUCAUCAUCAUCCAUAUAGUGCACAGAAUCCAUAUGCUAAUUUUAAUCCACAUCAUUCGCAUACGCAUCCACAAUCAUCAUCAUCAUCAACAUCACCAAAAUUAGGUGCAGGAAGUUUAACAGCAGCAGCGGCAGUUGCUGCAUUAGGUGGUGGUAAUAGUAGUCCAAUAUCAUCAAAUGGUCAUCAGCAUCAUCAUUUUUCACAACAUCAUCAACUUAGUGGUGGAAAUAGUUUAGGUGGAAAUAGUAUCCAUCAUGGUCAAAAUCCUUAUCUUAAUCAUCAUCAUCAUCAUAAUUUAAAUAAUAAUCAUAAUUCUCAUCACCAUCAUCAUCAAACAAUGACUAGCCAAAAAACUAAUAAUAAUCAUAAUCAUAAUAAUAACCGUGCCAAAGGUCGUUCCAAUUCCGGAAAAGAAGGCCGUGAAUGUGUUAAUUGUGGUGCAACAUCAACACCAUUAUGGCGUCGUGAUGGUACUGGACAUUAUUUAUGUAAUGCAUGUGGUUUAUAUCAUAAAAUGAAUGGACAAAAUCGUCCAUUGAUCAAGCCUAAACGUAGGCUCGUAAGUGUAAGUCAACAAUCGGCUGCCAGACGUGCAGGAACAUCAUGCGCCAAUUGUAAAACAACAACAACAACAUUAUGGCGCCGUAAUCAUAAUGGUGAACCAGUUUGUAAUGCAUGUGGACUUUAUUAUAAAUUACAUAACGUAAAUCGUCCAUUAACAAUGAAAAAAGAAGGUAUACAAACACGUAAUCGUAAAUUAUCAUCAAAAGGAAAAAAGAAAAAAAAUAUUGGUGGUGGUGGUAAUAAUAAUAAUCAUGGAUCAUCAUUAAGUGGUGGUGGUCAUCAUAAUCAUCAUCAUCAACAUCAACAUCAUCAUUUAGGUGGUGGUGUUGGUGGGAAUAUUGGACAUAAUGGAAAUUUAUCACAUGUUUCAUCAUCAUUAGGUGGUGGUGGUUUACAAUCAAAUAAUAAUACAACAAAUUUAAUAUCAAUGUCUGAUUGUAUAAAACCAUUUGGUCAUAAUAUUGAACAUAAUAAAUUUGGUCAAACAUUUGGUCAUGGACAAUUAUCAUCGACAACAGCAGCAGCCGCAGCAAUGAAUUCAAUGUCAGCAAUGUCAGCUGUUAAUCAUUAUAUGCAACAUGCACAUUCGGCUGCAGCAGCAGCAGCUGCCGCUGCUGCUGCUGCAAUGAAUAAUAUGAAUAUGAAUAUGAAUAUGAACAUGAACAUGAAUAUGAAUAUGUCGAUGAAUAUGAAUAUGCCAAUUUCAAUGACUGGUUCACCAUUUAUUGGUACACCAACAUCAAUGACACAUCAUUCACAUCAUCAUCAUCAUAUGACUGCUGCAAGUCAUAAUGCAGCAGCUGCAGCUGCUGCUGCCGCUGCUGCUGCUAAUCAUCAUACGGCUUCUUCAAGUCUUUCUAGUUUAACAUUACCAUCAACUGGAUCGAUGCUUGGUUCAUCUGGUAUUAAUAGUAUGGUUGGUGCUAUGGCUUAAAAAAUACAAGACACAUAUAAGAUUCAUCAAGAAUUUUGGUCAAAGAAAUCAACCGAACCAGUUUAGAAUAUUAUUCGUAAAUCAAAAAAAAAACGAAACGCAUCUCAUAAUCAUCAUUAUCAUCAUAUCAAAUGGAAUCAAAA